UUAGGUGUCCGUCUGUCCCUCUUGAAGCGCAAAAUAAACCCUCUCAGCUCUCUCCCUCUUCCUACACUUUCUCUCUCACUCCUCCCUCACUACUUUCCCUCUCCUCUCAUUCCCUCCCUUUUCUCAUUGCCUUAACUCCAAGGCCCAAAAAAAAAAAACCAGAAAAUAACCCAAGAAAAUAAUUACUGACUAAAAUUCUAGGGCUCCCUUGCAGCCAUGGAAGCUCCGGAGUAUUACCAGAACUAUUUCUGCCCGCAAUUCGCACCCGAAAAGCGCCAUCCCUUCGACAACAACAAGACCGCCGUUGGUAGUGGUGGCGGGGACCACUUCAAGGUGGAGGACCUCCUCGACUUUUCCAAUGACGACGACGCUGUCAUUACCGACGGCGGCUGUCCUGCUGCUGCUGUUUUCGAGAACGCUGCCGGAAACUCCACCGACUCUUCGACACUCACCGUCAUGGACAGCUGCAAUUCUUCCUCCUUGUCGGGCUCCGAACCCCUUUUCGGGUCCCGGAAUCUCGCCGACGGCCCCUUAUCCAGUGAACUCUGCGUCCCGUACGACGAUUUGGCUGAGCUCGAAUGGCUGUCGAAUUUCGUGGAGGAGUCGUUUUCCAGUGAGGACCUGCAAAGGCUGCAGCUGAUAUCCGGAAUGAAAGCCCGACCCGACCACGCCGCCUCCGAAACCCGACUACUCCAACCGGACCCCACCCGAACCAACAACAAUCCUUACAGCAAUUCCAACCCGAUAUUCAACUCGGAAGUUUCGGUACCCGCCAAGGCCCGAAGCAAGCGGUCCCGGGGCGCCCCGUGCAACUGGACCUCCCGCAUCCUCCUCCUGUCCUCGACUAAGGAACAAUCCGACGUUCUGGGGUCGGCGGCGGAGGCGGCGACACCGCUACCGCAGCCGUCAAGCACCGGGAAGAAGACGGUGAAGUCGGCACCGAAAAAGAAGGAGAGCCAGGAAGGUUCGGGCGGCGGGCACGGUGACGGGAGGAAGUGCCUGCAUUGCGCGACCGACAAAACGCCGCAGUGGCGGACGGGGCCGAUGGGUCCGAAGACACUGUGUAAUGCGUGCGGGGUUCGGUACAAGUCGGGUAGGCUCGUGCCAGAGUACCGACCCGCGGCGAGCCCGACGUUCGUUCUGACGAAGCACUCCAACUCGCACCGUAAGGUACUGGAGCUGCGGCGGCAGAAGGAGAUGGGAAGGGCGCAUCAGACGUAUAUUCACCAGGUGCCGCCUCCGCACCACCACCACCAUCAGAAUAUGGUCUUUGACGUAAGCAACGGCGGAGAUUACUUGAUUCAUCAGCACGUGGGGCCCGAUUUCCGGCAGCUGAUCUAGUGGAGAAGCGAGAGUUAGCUAAAACUAGGCAACUUUUCGAGGUUAAUUUAGUGGGGCCCAGUUGAUCUUCUUCUUUUUUUCUUUUUGUUAAUUAGACAAUUUCGUCUUCGUAAUGUUAUUUUCUUUUUCUAAAA